AUGGAGUUCGUGUUCUCAAUAAUUUUCUUAUUGCCUGCUGCUGCUCUUUUUCAGGAAAGUGAAGUGAAAUGGGCAUCUAGAUGGGAUGCUUAUCUGCUGAUGAAUGAUAACCAAAUUCACUGGUUCUCUAUUGUUAAUUCUCUGAUGAUCGUCCUAUUCCUGUCUGGUAUGGUGGCGAUGAUAAUGCUGAGGACCCUUUACCGUGAUAUUUCAAGAUACAAUGAGCUCGAGACUCAAGAAGAAGCUCAAGAAGAGACAGGGUGGAAGCUUGUCCAUGGUGAUGUUUUCAGAAUUCCAACAAAUUCAGAUCUGCUCUGCGUUUACGUUGGUACAGGAGUCCAGUGUUUAGGCAUGGUAUUUGUCACAAUGAUCUUCGCCAUGCUCGGGUUUCUCUCCCCUUCCAAUAGGGGUGGUUUGAUGACAGCCAUGCUUCUGCUCUGGGUCUUCAUGGGACUUUUUGCUGGUUACGCUUCUUCACGUCUCUACAAAAUGUUCAAAGGAACAGAGUGGAAGAGAAUCGCUUUCAGGACAGCCUUCUUGUUCCCUGCAGUUGUCUCAGCCAUCUUCUUUGUCCUAAACGCUCUCAUCUGGGGGCAGAAGUCAUCGGGUGCCGUCCCCUUCGGAACAAUGUUCGCCUUGAUCUUCCUCUGGUUUGGCAUCUCAGUUCCUCUUGUCUUUGUCGGCGCUUACCUCGGUUUCAAGAAACCAGCGGUUGAUGACCCAGUGAAAACCAACAAAAUCCCAAGGCAAAUCCCAGAGCAAGCUUGGUACAUGAACCCGGUUUUCUCAAUCCUCAUUGGAGGAAUCCUACCUUUCGGUGCAGUAUUCAUCGAGCUCUUCUUCAUCCUCACAUCCAUCUGGCUCAACCAGUUCUACUACAUCUUUGGGUUCCUCUUCCUCGUCUUUGUAAUCCUCAUCGUCACUUGCGCCGAGAUAACAGUAGUACUUUGCUACUUCCAGCUCUGCAGUGAGGACUACCUUUGGUGGUGGAGAUCUUACCUAACAUCAGGAUCAUCAGCUCUGUAUCUAUUCCUCUACGCGACGUUCUACUUCUUCACAAAGCUUCAGAUCACAAAACUGGUGUCAGCGAUGUUAUACUUUGGGUACAUGCUCAUUGCGUCAUAUGCAUUUUUUGUGCUGACAGGAACAAUAGGGUUUUAUGCUUGUCUGUGGUUCACAAGGCUCAUCUAUUCCUCGGUUAAGAUCGAUUAGAGGAUGCGGUGGUGGUGAAGGAAACGUUUCUUUUAUAAAAUGGGUUUUGUUGCAUUUUUUUAGGUCUAUUCUUGUUGCAGAACAAAAGAGUUUUAUUAUAUGUUAACGAUAUAAUAUUUGUAUUUUUGUUUGAUUUGUCUAAUAACACACUUUUUGAGAAUGUUUCCAUGACAUUUGUAGCAAGAAUAUGUGAUUCAU